GCAAGUCGUUUCUUCUCCCUGCAGCUUUGACUCGCCGGUUUGCCUGAGCCCCCCCGCCAUUUCUCCAUCGUUUCUUCUCCUAAAUGCUCUCUUCCAAUCCAGCUCAAAACUAAUUCCGCCUUUUCAAGUUUGAUUUUUAAACUACCCCUCAUUUCGCUUCUUCAUCGGUAGUCGUCUCCAUCCGUCAACAGGUAACCGAGCAAAACGGGAUUUGAUUGUUUGCUGUGCGAUUCAGCAGCUAAUUCAAGCUUCGAUUCCGUCCUACCUUGGAGAUUAAUGUCAAUACUAUGCGGGAUCCCACUGCUCGAGUGCGUCUACUGCCUCGCCUGCGCCCGAUGGGCAUGGAAGCGCUGCCUCCACACAGCCGGACACGACAGCGAGACGUGGGGUGUCGCCACCGCCGACGAAUUCGAGCCCGUCCCCCGCCUCUGCCGCUACAUCUUAGCAGUAUACGAGGAAGAUCUGAGAAACCCUCAAUGGGAGCCGCCGGGUGGGUACGGGAUAAACCCAGACUGGGUCAAGCUGAAGAGGACUUACAAUGACACUCAGGGCAGGGCGCCUCCUUACUUGCUCUACCUCGAUCACGACCACUCCGACAUAGUUCUCGCCGUCCGCGGCUUGAAUCUGGCGAAGGAGUGUGAUUACAAGUUGUUGUUGGAUAAUAAACUGGGGAAGAGGAAGAUCGAUGGUGGGUAUGUUCACAAUGGGCUGCUGAAAGCUGCUGGUUGGGUUCUUGAUUCGGAGUGUGGGGUUUUGAAGGAGUUGGUGGAGAAGUAUCCGAGUUAUAGCCUCACUUUCGCCGGGCAUUCGCUCGGUUCCGGUGUGGCUGCGAUGCUGGCGUUGGUGGUGGUUCUGAAUAGUGGGAAGUUGGGGAAUGUGGAGAGGAAGAGGGUCAGGUGCUUUGCUAUUGCGCCUGCUAGAUGUAUGUCGUUGAACUUGGCUGUUAGAUAUGCUGAUGUGAUCAACUCUGUUGUUCUUCAGGAUGAUUUCUUGCCCCGGACGGCGACACCGUUGGAAGACAUCUUCACUUCACUUUUCUGCUUGCCAUGCCUGCUAUGUCUAAGGUGCAUGAGGGAUACCUGUACCUCAGAAGAUCAGAUGAUCAAAGAUCCAAGGAGGCUUUACGCACCUGGUCGCCUCUAUCACAUUGUCGAAAGGAAGCCUUUCAGAAUGGGGAGGUUCCCACCGGUUGUCAGGACGGCAGUACCAGUGGAUGGGAGGUUCGAGCACAUAGUUCUUUCCUGUAACGCGACUUCAGAUCACGCCAUCAUAUGGAUUGAAAAGGAAGCCACGAGAGCUCUUAGUGUAACUGAUUCAGCUCUUUUCCCAUCCCAUUUGUUUAUAAUGCAAAAAACCUGUCUCUUAAUAUUUGCUUCUUCUGAAAAAUCAUCAGCUUAUGUUGGAGAAUGAUGGAAUCAUGGAGAUCCCAGAAAAGCAAAAGAUGGAACGACAAGAGACAUUAGCUCGGGAGCAUGGCGAAGAGCACAAGGCUGCAUUGCAGAGGGCUGUGACACUAGCCGUGCCCCAUGCCCAUUUCCCAUCUCAGUAUGGCACGUUUGAUGAGCAUGUUGACGAAGGGGAAGAAGAAGAUGAUGAUGAAGAAGAAGACUCUCACGGAUCAAGUUCAAGUGGGCAUUCCUCCAGUGAUAAAAGUCCGGCUAUCAGGUGGAAUGAAUUGAUCGAACGUCUCUGCGAAAAGGAUGGAUCAUCAAGGCAUGCUGUGCUCAAGAGAUCACGUACAACUGUUUGAUGAACUGAGAAUCUUAUGAAAGGAGAACCAAAACACAGAUUCACGCGUAUAGCUUGCAACCAAGUCACAUUUUCCCCCUUUGGUUGGGGGAAGAGUUAGGAUAUCUUCAUUCAAAUUUGUAAUUAUUUUCUUGUGAUAUAUGUAUUGAGUUUGGCUGUAAAUUAGUUUUGUGCACUUCUGUAUUUGAGCAAGGCUUUACCUUGUAGGCUGAGAGAGGUCUGUAUUCUAGGACUACAAACAUGACAUUGACCGUCCAUCAAGGUCAAUAUAUUGUUAGAGAAAAUUGAUACCCUAGCUUGUAAUAGUAUGGAUGGUUUAUUAGCAUAUUAAUAAGAAG